CAGAGUGUGUAACGUGAACUGAGGACAAGGUGGAAACGGAGAAAAGAAGAUCUUCUCUCAGCUGCUUGUUCACAUUUUCCUAAAGGCGGGCGGCUUCUUUGGUUUGUGACAUGGCAAACCCUUUAAAGGGUGAAGUUAUUAGACUGUACAAAACUCUGCUGUAUCUUGGCCGUGAGUACCCAAAGGGAGCGGCGUAUUUCAGAGAACGCCUAAAGUCCGCUUUUAUGAAGAACAAAGACGAGACCGACCCUGAGAAAAUCAAACAGCUGGUUGCCAGGGGAGACCACGUCAUCAAAGAGCUGGAGGCCCUUUAUUUCCUCCGAAAAUAUCGGGCCAUGAAGAAGCGUUACUACGAGCCCGAGAAUUAAGGAUGAACAUUAUUUUUCUAAAAAGGGACGCGUGAAGGCAAGGAGUAGAGACUUCAGUGUAAUUAAUGUUCCCUUCAAACCCUUUUGGUAAGAUCCCCUAGCUUUCAGAAAACAGGGGUGUCAAACUAGUUCCAGAAAGGACCGUGUGGCUGCAGGUUUCUUUCCAACCAAGCAAUAGCACACUAGACUCCAUUCAUCUCAUCAAGUCAUCAUGUUAAGACUGGACACACUCAGUCUGAUGUGCUAUUGCUCGGUUGGAAAGAAAACCAUUCUUCUUUGCUAAAGAUGUACUUUUAAACAAAAAUUUCCCAAAUGCAUUUUUGGAUUGGUUAAAACCCCACAGCAUGAUGCUGCCACCACAGUUCCUUACCCAUCACAGCAUUCUUUUUUACUGAAUGUUCUUGACAUAUUCUGUUAAUGAGGCCCAAUAGCCAUCUUUAUCCAGGCUGGCCCUAAAACUUUUAUUCAAAGCCAUUCAGGUGGUGCAGUAGCACCUAGACUCCUCUUAAAUUUAGUGUUUUGGUGCAAAUCAUAUUUUUUUUAGAGAUUUCACGUCAUAUUCUUGUUUUAUUCAGAUUGUAAUCCUUAAGAUUCAAAGGGCUGUGUGCUUUCUGUUAUCAUCUGAUUGUUACUCUAGAAUGACUGAGUUUUGUAUAAUGAAGUGGAGGUAUAAUCCUUAUUAAUACAUGUUUAGAGCAAAUGUCAAGUUACUGCUGGAGCCUCUGUACUAUACUAUAUCAAUGCACUGUUCA